AUGGAAGAUCCUUUUUUUGCCCUCCUUUGCCUCUUAUCUGCAAGGUCCUCCAGCAACUCGCUCGAGAAGGAGAAGGAGAAGGAGAAGGAGAAGGAGAAGGAGAAGACGAAGGAAGAAACAGAAUUCAUUACCAUCCACAGGAACAAGUAG